AUACAUUAUUUAAGAAGUGAUAAACGGGAAGGAAGCACAUAACACUUUGGUGGCGGCUGUCGGGGAAGCGUUGAAGGUUUGACCAGUUUUAGCAAUCACUGGAGAGACAUGGCAUCUGUUCCAUUGUCAAAUGCAAAGAAACAUGUGAAAUACUUUGUGGUAGAUGCAUUUUCUGAGUCAGCAUUCAAGGGGAAUCCUGCAGCUGUGUGUUUUUUGGAAGAUGAGAAGGAGGAGAAGUGGCUCCAAGCAUUAGCAGCAGAAUUCAAUAUCUCUCAGACCUCUUUCAUAACUCCCAUUACUCCAACAUCAGACUCCUCUAUCCCCAGUUUUCGCCUCAGAUGGUUUACACCUGUUGCUGAGGUUAAACUCUGUGGUCACGCUACAUUAGCCAGUGCGCACGUACUGUUUUCAUCAGGUUCUGUGGAUAGUGAUGUUAUUGAAUUUCAGACGCUAUCUGGAGUACUGGUUGCUAAAAGGAUCCCAGCAAUUCAUACUUCCAGUGCCCCAAACUUGCAGAAAGAUCUCACAGAUUUGUAUAUUGAAUUGGAUUUUCCUGCUGAUCCGGUUACAGAGUUCAACUUUGAUGAGAGUGCUUCACUAAUUUCUGAGGCAUUAGGCGGUGCUUCCAUAAUUGAUGUGAAAAGGACAACAAUUGGAGAUUGCUUGCUCGUCAUAAUCUCAUCUGGGAAAGCUGUUUCAGAACUACAGCCACAGCUUGAUGCAAUAGUUAAAUGCCCUGCAAUAGGGUUAAUUGUUUCGGGGGUGGCUCCUUCAGAUUCAGAAUUUGACUUCAUAAGUAGAUUUUUCUGUCCAAAACUUGGAGUCAGUGAGGAUCCUGUUUGUGGGAGUGCACAUUGUGCAUUGACACCCUACUGGAGCAAGAAACUAGGGAAGUGCGACUUCAAGGCUUAUCAGGCAUCACCCAGAGGAGGGAUUCUCAAUAUCCACUUUGAUGAAGCCACACAGAGAGUGCUUCUGCGUGGAAAGGCUGUUACAGUGAUGGAGGGACAUGUUGUAGUGUAGCAUUGUUCUUAGCUUUGCAGAAUAUGUAAACUUGAACUUCUGUAACAAUACUUCAAUCUCAAAAAAUAAACAUAUGAUCAGUUAAUAAACAAGUAUUCUGAAA